AACUCGAACCUCGAUAACUCGAAAUUCUUGAUAUCUCGAAUAAAUAAAAUUCCCCUUCAAAUAACAAUAACACUUAAUGUUUAAAUAAUCUUGUUAACUCGAAAAUUAAUUUGACAAGUUUUUGAUAUCUCGAAUUUUCUUAUCCAAAUUUAGUACUAAAAAUAGUUUAUCAAGGCGAUUAUUUUUCGUAAAACCCGACCGUAAUUUAACUCUUGAUAACUUUGAUACAAUCAGUUUUAGUUCUGCCGUCUGUUCGUUCGGUUAAUCGUUUAUCGUGUGAGUGUGACAGUGUUAAUCAGUGGUUAUUAUGGCUCAAAAAAGAAAAUUAACAACAUUAUCACUUGCAGAAAAAGUGAACUUGCUUAAAAUUAUUGAAAAAGGCGAAAAAAAAAAACAAGACAUAGCCAAAGAUUUUGGAAUUCCGGCGAGUACAUUAUCUACAAUAAUAAAAAAUAAAGAUGUAAUUUUAAAAAACUUUAACGAAAACUCGGCAACUAGAAAAAAAAUGAAACUAGGAGAAUACUCUGACAUAGAAUCAUGUUUAUUAAAAUGGUUUCAACAAUGUCUUGACAGAAAAAUUCCAAUUAAUGGACCUAUUCUACGAGAAAAAGCUGAAGAGUUUGGACAUAAGUUAGGGCAUGAAUAUUUUAAAGCUAGCAGUGGAUGGUUAACAAAUUGGAAAAUCAGAAAUAGCGUUGUAUUUAAACAAGUUUGUGGUGAAAGUGGCGCUGUAGAUGUACAAAAAUGUUCCGUAUGGAUAAAUAAUUUACCGAAACUCAUCGAAAAUUAUUCACCAGACGAUAUUUUUAAUGUAGAUGAAACAGGAUUAUUUUUCAAAUGUUUACCUGACAAAACAUUCAUAUUUAAAGGCCAAUCUUGUUCAGGUGGAAAACAUAGUAAAGAAAGAGUAACACUUCUGUUAGGGGCAAAUAUGUCGGGCACAGAAAAAUUAAGACCACUUCUGAUUGGUAAGUCGAAAAAACCACGAUGUUUUAAACAAAUAAAAUCAUUACCAUUAGAUUAUUAUGCAAACAAAAAAUCCUGGAUGACGUCUGAAAUUUUUAAUUUGUGGUUAAUGAAAUUAGAUAAAAAAAUGGUCUCCGAAAAAAGAAAAAUCUUACUUUUUAUUGAUAAUUGUACUGCACACAAUUUAACCUCGACUUUUAAUGCUAUUAAAGUGCAGUUUUUACCUCCUAAUACUACGUCUGUAUUACAACCAUUAGACCAAGGUAUUAUAAAUAAUUUUAAAAUAUUUUACAGAAAAGAAAUGGUAAAAAAAAUUGUAUCGGCUAUAAAUGAUACCAAUCAAAUUGUAAUAAACAUAUUGGAUGCUAUACGGCUAUGCGAUAAAGCAUGGCGACACGUAAAAAAAGAAACGAUCGUAAACUGUUUUACAAAAUCAGGUUUUAGAACUUCGACUGAAAAUAUUCUAGAUGAACCUUCUGAUGAUAAUAACGAUGAAUGGGAUCAAUUAAAUCUUAAUGAAACUUUUACGUCAUACGUCAAUGUCGAUGAAAAUUUGGAGAUUUGUGGAGAAUGGACUGAGAACGAUAUUAUCUCCGAUAUAUUAGACGAAGAUAACGAAGAAGAAAUUGAAGACCAACAAAUACAAUCCACCAUUACAAAUAAAGAAGCGAAACUUGCAUUAGAAACAUUACGUAAAUAUAUUGAAGGCAAUGAAGGUAUGGAAGAUUUAUUUAAACCACUAGGUACUUUAGAAAAUAGAAUUGAGAACAAUGUUUUAAAUAAACAAAAACAAUUAACUUUACACCAAUUUUUUAAAAAUGAUAAUAAUAUGUAAGUAGGAAUG